AUGUUUGCCAGCGUGCUCGUCUUGGUCGCGUUCAUUCUGAGCCGGCGAGUGUGGUUUUGUGCGGCUGACUUGUGCAACUGGAGCGGAAGUGGAUUUCCAGUCGGCGUAGACUCCAGGAUGGUGCUUCAGGUGCGAUUGCGCUGCACAGAAGGCUCUGUCAGGUGGCUCUACCCAGGCCAAGCUCUGCGGGUGGUCCUGGAACCCAACCUGUUCUCCUCGGCCAGGCGCAACAUGCUCUGCAUCAAAGCAUCGCCCAGCUUCGGCGCCGCCAGCCUGUUUAUCGACCGCGGCGGAGAGCUGGAGCCGCUGGGGACCGACGGCGGGCAGGCGCAGCACGUGAGCUGCAUCAGGGCAGAAGGGACACACGUGCCGGCCAUCUACAUCCAGACCAGCCGGCCGGGAGGUGAAUCAUGGAGCCCACGUCGGAUGGGCUUCAGAUAUGAGCUGAUGGGCAACAGGAGUGCAGCACCCGGUCUGGACCACAUGACUUCAUGUCGUCCAUGCAACGAUACCGAGCUUCUCAUGGCCGUCUGCAACAGUGACUUUGUCGUCCGAGGCUUCAUCAAGGACGUGCUUCACAACCGUGAUGGUCACAUAUCACUGGUGGAAGUGUUGGCAGUGAAGGUCCAUCGGCAGCGUAGCGGCGUGUUCGAGCUCCAGGCGACGACUCCUGGAUCGGUUCCGGCCGUCCCGUUGUGGCGCGGCGUUAUCCUUGCCCACCUCCAGUGCGGCGUGAAGCCCGGAGAGGGAGAAUUCCUUUUCACGGGCUCGGAACACUUCGGGGACGCUUGGUUGGGUUGCGCUCCGCGUUACAAAUACUUUGUGUCUGUCUACCGGACUGCCAAGGCCAGGCUUGUGAAUCCCUGCGAUUUUCCUUUGGAAUGACGGGCCGUUACAACUCCCGUCAACUAUCGAGAUGUGACAAUUCACGGGUGUCAAAUCUGCUUGCAUCACAGGCCACAUCGUCCGAGAUGACGGUCGAACAGUUCAGCAAAAAGGACGGUGUGUUACGUACCUCGGUGUUAAGGUCAGUGUUGGUUUCACACUGGGGGACAGUCGGGAUCAAUCUGCAAUUGCUUAGAUGAACAGCUUCAAUCUUUUCUUUUUAGGAAAGCGCAGCAUCAAUAGUUUGUCUUCUUUUUAGGAAAUGAAUUUGGUACGACAUCAGGAGACGGCUACGCCAUUCGUCCAAUAUUUUUGUCUAAUCCGUUGCUCUUGCUGUCCCUCAAUAGAUUGUUACCAUAUGUUUGUGAAAUUUU